AUGUCGUUCACUUUUAAACAAGGCGGUCCCAAGACGCGGCCUGACCCAGUCAAGCCUCCCUUCGAACCGACAGAUACACAAACACCCAUUGAUUCCACACCCCUUCCGCCGGCAUGGUCACAACCACACUCACGACGGUCGUCCAGCUCGUCCGCCGCCUCCUUCCACUCCGCGCACUUCCCCGCCGACGAAGAAAGCCGGAUGGUGUCGUCCUCGCACGAACUCAAAGCCCAAGCGAACACGCAGUUCGCGCGACAAGACUACUCGUCCGCCAUCGGCACCUACGACCGAGCAUUGGCCGAGUUGCCGAACUACCUGGACUACGAGAUGGCCGUGCUCCACAGCAAUAUCGCCGCAUGUCAUUUGAAGAUGGAACAGUGGAAAGAGGCCGUGGAGAGCUGCGAGAAAGGGCUGGACGGGCUGGAGAGGGAAUUGCCUACAAAACCUAAGGAGAAAUCAAAAGAGAAAUCAAAAGCAAAGAAAGAUACUGGAUCGAAAAGAACAACAUACCAAGAUGCAAGAGAGAAGAAGCAGAAAAACAAGCACCAAGGAACAUUAAACUCGGACAGUGAUACGGAUUCGGAGACGUCAUCUUCGUCGUUGAGGUCGAGGGCGAGGUUAUCCGCUCAUGUACCGGAACCAACACCACAAGAUCAAAAUCAAGACGACACGGUCGUCGAACUUCCCGCGGACGCCGACGAGACCGCCACCCUCGCCGCCCUAGAAUCCCUCCAACUCUCCGAUGCCCGCAAAGCCGACAUCCACCGCAUCCGCACGAAACUGCUGCUCCGCCGUGCGCGCGCCCGCUCGCUCAUGCAGCCGCAGAACUGGUCGAACCUGUCCGCCGCGCUGGAGGACUACAAGGCCCUCUCGACCCCGCAGUAUUUCAGCUCACUGCCGCCCGCGGACCAGAAGACGGUCAGACUGGCCCUGGUGACGCUGCCGCCGCGCGUGAAUGAGGCCAAGGACAAGGAGGUCGGCGAGAUGAUGGGUAAGCUGAAGGAGUUGGGGAAUGGGAUUUUGAAACCGUUUGGUCUGAGUACCGAGAACUUCAAGGUCGUUCAGGGCGAGGGGGGCGGGUAUAGUCUCAACUUUGACGGUGCUGCAGGGAAGAAAUGA